UUCUGCUACAGAAAGAGAUGAGUGGUUAGAAGCUAUCUCCAAGUCAAUUGAAGAAUAUACAAAAAAGAGAAUCACGUUUAAUCCUAGCAAAAGUCUUGAAGAGGCAGAUCCAGAGAAACAGGAAGAAGACAGUCCGCUGGGAUCAAAGGCUCCAAUCUGGAUCCCUGAUACUAGAGCCACUAUGUGUAUGAUCUGUACAAGUGAAUUCACAUUGACAUGGAGAAGGCAUCACUGCAGGGCAUGUGGAAAGAUUGUCUGCCAAGCUUGUUCAUCAAAUAAACAUGGUUUAGACUAUAUGAAAAACCAGCCAGCAAGAGUAUGUGAUCAUUGCUUCAGGGAGCUACAGAAACAAGAUAACCAGUGCACUCCUAAGAGCGGAUCUCCAGUCAACCAUAAAUCUCCAUCAAGUGCCUUGUCCACAGUAUUACAUAGUAUUCCUUCUGGAAGAAAGCAGAAAAAAAUACCUGCAGCCCUCAAAGAAGUUUCAGCAAAUACAGAAGACUCUACAAUGAGUGGCUACCUACACAGAUCUAAGGGCAGUAAGAAACCAUGGAAACACCUAUGGUUUGUUAUAAAAAAUAAGGUGCUAUACACAUAUGCUGCUAGUGAGGAUGUGGCAGCAUUAGAGAGCCAGCCUUUACUUGGAUUCACAGUCAGUGAAGUAAAAGAUGAAAACUCAGAGUCUAGAGUGUUCCAUUUACUGCACAAAAACACUUUAUUUUACAUAUUCAAAGCAGAUGAUCCCCAUUCAGCUCAAAAGUGGAUAGAAGCUUUUCAGGAAGGCACCAUAUUAUAG